AUGGCACUUUUCAGCUCUUCAAGAUUCAUGUACCUCAACUUCUCAUGGAUGCUUUCUCAAUUUAUUUCGCUAUAUCUUGACUGUCUGACUGAUAAGGAACUUAGACACUUUGGGGCUCUAAAGACAGACAAUAGUGUUAGAGGGCUGGGAGUUGCUAUUAGAGAUGACCGUGGAGAGUUGAUUGCAGCAGCAGCCAAACUAGUGUGUGGCAUGUUUACCCCCAAUGUUACUGAAUUAUUCACAAUCAGAUUUGGCCUACAACUUGCUAUGGACUUGGGAUUGAAACAUAUAUACCUCGAGUCAGAUGCACAAGCAGCAAUACGGAUGGCUUUGCAAUGUGAUGCAGAUUUGGGCUACGAAGGAGUCUUUGUAAAUGAAAUUCAGAAAAGCAAUGCCCUUAACAUAAGGAGAAGAUCUAUAUAA